AGUAAUAGUAAUAUAUUACAAAUAGUAAUGUAUGGAUUUGUAAAUAUUAAGUAAAUUUGGAGAUCAAGAUAAAAAACAAUAUAUUUUUUCAACUUAGUCGAUAUGCUUACUGAUGCAAAAAUGCAUCUCGUGAAUGAAACGUUGAGCUAUCACUUAAUAAAUAUGAUGAAGAUUAAAGACUAUGAAGAAAGAACAUCACAGCUGUCAUUUCCAAAGGAUGUGUCCCUAUUAAUCUUAUAACUUUAUUUGGCUGGUAAGCGAAAAUGUGUCAUCUUGAUAUAACCAAUAUGAACUGGUUACGAAACAAGAAUUUAUGAUAUUCACUAGAUAACAUAGAAACCAAGUUCUCUUCCUGCAAAGUGUAAGCUGAAUUUAAACCACAGUUUAACCAUAAACAAAAUGCAAACUUGAUUGUUUCUACCUAUCCCUUCUUCUUCCAUGACUCUACAACCUGCGAGGAGUCAUGGACACCUGAAGUAAGGUCUGCCAUUUUUCUCAAUUCCGAGCAGCCAUUCUCCAAUCCCAGAUCCCCAGAAUGUUGCAUGCAUCCUUAUUCACGCCAUCCACUCAUCGCAGCCUGGGUGUCCACGCCUUCUGUGGUGUGAAUUUCUUCUUUGAGGAGCCUCUUUGGUACUGAGUCGGCAUUCAUUCUGGCCACAAAACCAGCCCACUUGAGUCGGCCAACCCUGAUGAAGCACACUACAUUGCAGUCCUUGUAUAACUCAGAUAUUUCGGUAUUCGUCCUAAUCUGCCAGUCUAGCUCAUGGGCAUCAAAAGUCGCUCUGAAAAUUCUUCUUAAUAACUUUCUUUCAAAUCGGAGGAGUUGAUUUGCCUGAGCUUUGGAUAAAGUCCAGCAUUCAGAUCCAUAUGUAAGCACUGGCCUAAUCAGGAUUUUGUACAAAUGCGAUUUAGUUGUACGAGAAAAUAAUUUACUUUUCAUAAGUUGCACUAGCCCGAAAUAACAUUUGUUAGCUGCAAUGAUUCUCCUUUGGAUUUCCUUCCCUGUGUCGUUAUCCUGAGUUAUUAAGGAGCCAACGUAUAUAAAUUUCUCGAAUCUCUUAAAUGAACAUCCGUUCGGUAGUACAUGAGAAGAGAGCAUCACUUGUGCAAUCGUCACCAUGUAUUUUGCUUUUGACUGGUUAACCUUAAGCAGCUGCAGCUUGUAAGUUCUCAAACACCUUGGCCAUGGCUUUAAAAUUUCUUCCAAUGAUGUCAAUAUCAUCUGCAUAGCCCAGUAUUUGGGCUAAACAAUUAUUAUUCUUUAACAAUUAUAGUUCUUCCCAUUUGAAUGCCUGACUCGCUUACCCCACUCUCCAGAGCAAAAUUAAAGAAGAGGCACGCAAGACUAUCCCCCUGCUGUAGACCUCGGUAAGUCUGGAACGAGUCCGAGAGCUCACUAUCAAUACGCACUGAGCAUCACACCCCUCACAAGCUUGGGUGGAACUUCUAUAUCGAGCAUAGCUUUGUAGAGUUCAUUCCAUAUUACACUGUCGUCGGCAGCCUGAAAAUCUAUAAAUAGGUGAUGGGUUUGGAUAUGAUAGUCUUUGGUUCGUUCGAGCAUCAGCCUAAGGGAAAACAUUUGGUCCGUUGUGCCCUUUCCUCUCAUAAUGCCAGCCUGAUAUUUGCCAAUCUCUCUCUCUGCAGGGAGCAAAAUUCUGGACAGCACCUUGUAAGCACUGGACAGCAGUGAGAUACGUCGGUUAUUUCUGCAAUCCAGAAUGAUUGCAGCCCUUUCUUGUGAAUUGGGCAGAUGAUGGUCUAGUACCAGUCCAAAGAAAUUACCUCACUUAUCCACACAUCCAUAAUUAUGUUGUGAACAGCUUUCACUGCCUCUUGCCCUCCAUACCUAAAAAAUUCUGAUGUCAGCCCAUCAGCUCCUAGUACCUUGUUUUUUAAGCAUUUCAUGGCUUCCUGAAUCUCCUCAAUAUCUGGCGGUUCCAGGUCUCUGGCUGGUAUUGUAACAUCCUGUGUGGGCUGAUCCUCAACUCCAUCGUUCAGUAUGCUCACAAAAUGAUUCCGCCGUCGCUCUAGAAUACUCUGCUUUUCAUUCUACCUAUCCCUGGCAAUGUUUAAAUUUGGAGCUUAAGGGACCUCUCCCAUCAUUUAGCAGCAAUCAUUAACAAUAAUUUAUUAACUCAGCCAUUAUCCAUUCUAAUGUUUUGAUACAUCAGCUGACAGUAUCAUAAAAAAAUUGACAUGAUUGUUCUUGAUUUUUGGAAUCACUCAGUUCAGUGAAUACUGUUUCAUGUUUCAAGAACUAAAAUUGUUCCUGCAUUCUUGAGCAGUUACAAUGAGCUGUACUAUUCAUUAUAAUCCACAUGGUGUUUGUGAUGUGAAAUUAGUGGGGAUCAUUAAACUUGUCAAUGUCAAAAAAAAGAGGAUAAAACAUUGAAAUGCCCAGGCACAAAUGAUAGCAAAGUACUCAGUGGUUAAAAUGUAAAAAUGAUAUUAGCAAGUAACAUCAAAAUAUAACAUGUAAGGAGAGUCCUAAUAAUUAAACCCUAUUAAUAUAGAUGACUUUCAAUAAACUGAUUAUAAUACUAUUUUUUAAGUCAAUGUUUUGGUUUCAUAUUUGUAAAAUAAACGAUGGCAGGAGAAACCUGACAUAUGGAAGAAACUUCAACUUUUUAAAUAGAUAAAACUGAACUUCUGAAGCUUAGCAAACUUUUGAUGGAAGAUAUUUUUAAAAGAGACAGGAUCCUACUUACAAAUAUUCGGAUUCUGUGAACAUAUGAACGUAUGACAAAGAAGCUAUCAAGAUAAGAAAGUAUUUUAAAACUGUCUUUUAAGAUCAUAUCUAGUAAAUAAUACCCUGUCAAACCAGGUGUUAAAGGAUAGGAAUAUUAAAGAAUUGAAUCGAGGGGGCUGUCAUCUGAAAUUAUAUUAAUCUUCUUAGGGAUUCAAAAGGCGUUUGAUGUUCAGCUAUAUAGAGCAUCCGCUUUGGAGAAGGAAGCCAGUCAUCCCCAACUCCUCGGACUUCAAUGAUAUGCAGAAAAUGGCCACAGGACUCCUCAUCACUUGGUGCUUAUGCCUGCUCCUCACAGCAGAUUGCAGAAGUUAUAGGGGAAGAGAGGUUGAAGAUGAGACAGAUCUUGAGUUGGCCAAAAGACAGUUCAAUGACUAUGGGCACAUGAGGUUUGGUAAACGUGGUGGAGUUACUGAAGACAAGUUUGAGGACUAUGGUUACAUGCGCUUUGGAAGAAGGCAACCCUGAUUCCUGAUGAUGAAUUAUAAAUUUAAUAAGCAGUGAUGUUUAUAUUGAUAGACUGAAUAAAGUUUAGUUACUAAUAGAUCGAA